UCUGCGAUCAACGAUCGAGAUCGUAAUCAUACACACCCAUACCACUGAACCGCCGGAGCCAUGGCAGACACAAUCGGCAAGUGGGCACCAGGCAGCUGCUACGGUCCCGUCCUAACCCAGACGGACCUAUACCUGCUCGGAACCGAACUCGAGCUGAACCCUAUCCUCGCGAACACGAGCGAGUCCUUCCAACUAAUCUUCAACCUCUCCACUGGCCAGACCGGCGGCUACAACCAUGAAGCGCGCGACCGCGAUACACCCUUCACCGCCAAGGAGGAGCCCGCAACGAUGCCCCGCGUAGAAGAGCUCAUCAUCAUCACCGAGCUCAGCCCAUGGUGCACGAUCAUCAAGAACCCGCAAGGCGUUACCCUUGGCGAUAUCUGCGGAACCCUCUUCAAAGAGUACGGCGAGAAGAUGGUCACAGAGAAGGAGUUCGAGUCGCUCCCCGCACGUCUCCAAGAACAAGUCCGGCGAUACGCCUCGUCAGCCGGAAACGCGGGUUGGCAGCAGUACUACUCUCCUCAGGUCGCCCCGACCCAGUUCAGGCGAGUCGAUUGGCUGCGCGAGCGGGUAUUCUUCGACAAGCUCUCCCGGAAGGACAGCUACGCCAAGGCGCGCCUCGGGUUCUCUGCGCCCAACAUCUUCGUCCUGUCCCUCUCUAACUACUGAGCCUGAGUCACGACCGCCUGCAUGGACACUACAGUUAUUCCCUCAUUUACGUUUACGCUUGCGUUCCCGCCUGCACGCAUGAUCUGGAGUCCCGCUGCCCGUCCCUCUACACAUUCGAUACCUGUGCUCUGUCUCUCUCUCGUGUACAUUGCGAUCUGUGAUCUCGAGCUAUGCUGUACUACCUUUGUACCUUGAUAUCCGCCCCUUCUCUCUUGGUCUCUCUUUGUGUGCGCUAGUCAUCGCUGAGUAUACACUGCUAUGUCAGAUCCAAACACACGACGUGGGGCGCCAGAAGCCAUCAAACUACAUAAAUCAAUGUCCUG